UACCAUUAACAUGAUGAUGGAUGAAAUUUCAAGCUGGGAAGGAAUAGAAAAUGACGGUAAUCUAUUUCGAAUUAUUUUUUAAAUUAUUUGUUAAUGUUUUGAAUUUAUAUUUUGUAGAAUUUUUCAAACAAUUUUUUGGUGUUGAAUGUAAGAAGGCUGAUAUCAGUCAAGUAUUAUCAGUAGCGCAACAAAUAAACAAGCUAGGACAAGCUAUUGAAAUAUUAAAUACCGAACUGCAAAAACAAGUAUUGGCAAAUCACAAAGAUUUAUUAUCGCAAGCAACAUGGGUUGAAAAAUUGGAAGGUGUUCUUUCAAUAAUGCAAUCUCAUGUUCAGAGUCUUCUAUCAGCUACGGAACGUUUACGUGGAAAAAUUGUUGAUCCGUUCAACAGAAUAGAGACACAAACUAUUGUUUUAGCACGACUUCAUGAAACUUCUGAUCUGUUACGUAGAGUAGCCAGAAUGCAACAUUUAUCAAAGCGUUUAUCUUCUCAAAUGACAAAUAAUGUACAGGGCCCAGAUAUCAUAAAAGCUGCUAAUAGUCUACACGAACUUGAACAAUUAAUGAUGGAUACAGAUUUGAAUGGUUUAGAUGUUAUUGCGGAUGAUCAACAAGCUGUGAAAGCUCACAGAACAACGGUACAAAGAAUAGCAACUCAUACCUUGUCUCAAGGUUUACAAAUGAUGGACAGAACAAAAGUUAGUACUGCGGUACAAGUAUUUGAAAAUUUAAGCAUCGUGAAGGGAGCUGUAAAUAAUGUUAUGGAUUCUGCUUUAUCCGAAAUUGAAAAAGUUGCUACAGAAUCAUUAGAUGUGUCUUUAUCAACAAAUCAAGAAUUUGGAAGAAAGGGAGCACCUGGACGGGCGGCAAUUCCUUCUCCAGGAUCUUCUGGAAAUUUGCGAACACGAAUUUGGGAAAAUCUUGAAAGACUCUUUCAAGAUACUCUUUAUACGCAAUGUUUACAAAUCGAAUUACUACAAAGAAUACUAUUAGAACAUCACACAAAAGGAUUGGAUGAACUGUCACAAAAAUUUUGGGACAAAGUGAAUGAUCUACUUUCUAAAGUAUUAAUUGAACGUGCUCAAGGAUCGUCGUUUGUAAAGCAAGCAUUAGAGGGCGAAUAUCCAAAAUUUUUAAGAAUAUUUCUGGAUUUAAGUAAGCGAUUAAAAGAAAGGUCACAAAGCAUUGGCAUUUACAACAUCAAUCAUAGUGUAUUGUCGCCAUUUGAAAAUGCAUACUUAUCACGUUCUGUAUCGCGCUUGUUGGAUCCUGUACACACUAUGUUCUCCGGGGAAGGAUUACCCACGCAAGAUGAAAUCGAUAGCCUCAUUCGUACAGUGACAAACGAAUUAAGUGUAUCGUUGGUUGAUGAUGGCCUUUCGAUAGUGGUUGCCCGUAAUGUAGGCAAGGCUAUAAGGCUCUUUUGCUUAAAAUGUGAACAAGGAUUACAUGUAGGCGCAGAAGCUAGUCAAGUAAUUGAUUCGCCUACCACUAUACAACAGACAAACGUGUCGCUUGCAAACCUACUUUAUUAUCUUUCUAGUCAAAUAAGUCGUGUAAUAGCAAAUCUAUCUACUGGUUUGCCAACUGAAGGAAGUACAGUAAUUUCUAUAGCUCUUAAGGAAACAGAUACAUUGACAAAAAAUAUAUUAUCACCAUUAUUGGCUUCUAUUAAUAAUGCCAUUGAAAGUAUUAUCUUAACCAUGCACGAUGACCCAGAAUUCCGAGACACGAGCAGCCCUUUAGGGAAAGAAAUUAACUGCUCACUCUACAUGCGUGAAUUACAAGGAUUUAUUUUACGUUCUGUGAACACAUUCCUUGCACCAUAUAAGAACCAGGCCGUUGUCGCUGAUUGCUGCAAGACCGUUGCUUCACGGUGCAUCGAACUAUUUGUAAGACACGCUUGCUUACUAAGACCUUUAACCGAUUUUGGAAGAGUGAAACUUAUUGUCGACUUUAGUCAGAUAGAAGUAGCUGUUGCUCCAUUAUCUAGAAGUGGACAAUUGGGCUCAUUGGAACAACAACAGUACAGAACAUUACGAACAUUAAAAGCAUUGCUACCACUUAGUCCUGAAGAAAUUGUCCAGAAAGUUUUGGAAGGAGCAGGCGAAAGUGGUGUACCUCCGUCCCUCGUACUUUUACAUUUAUUUUCUACAGCACCUCCCGAACUAGUAUCGCCGCAUCAGAGCGCAAGUUGGUCCACAGCACGAUUAUCUCAAUGGAUGGAUAAACAUCCAAAUGAAAGGGAUAGAUUAGCUUUCUGUAGUGGACCGUUGGAACGUUAUCAGUUAACUGUUAGACAACAUAAUCUACCAUCGUUUCACCCAUUAUUUCCACUAAUGAAAAAGUUGACUAAUCUGAAUGAACAUUAAAAUUUGCAAAGUUUGUAUUACAUAUAACACUACGUAUUUUAUUAAGCAUUUUACACGUUUCUAAAAAAUAAUAUUAUUAGAUUCUGUAUAGAUAAUUU